CGUUGAGUGUAUAAAGCAUAAAUCUUCGUUAAUCUGAAGUAGUUGUCUUCAUUUUAGAGAGCCCUCUUCACCCAGAGCCACUCAUCUCGCAAGGCAGAGAUCAUCAUGUCGUCGGUGUCGACAACAGCAACUGAAUCUGUAUCAAAUGGUGUCGAAGGUGGUCAAGUCUCGCCAAACACAAGUGAGGGAUCUGACUGCACUUUCUCAUCCUUGAACUCUGAGGACAUAUCCUUGGGUUUUGAAUCUCCCGAAGAGAUUGAAAAGUUGAACCGAAUGAUAUUUCUGUUGGGCAGUCUCUUGCCAGGAUUACCUCGUGUGGACGAGGAAACCAUCCUCAAUUGUGCGAUUGAGACCAUCUGCAAGCUGAAACAUGAUAUUCGUGCGCUAGAGCAGGAGCUAACAAUCUGCAAUGAAACCAGUGGUCCCGUAAAUCCCGAUGAAACUGUGCAUGCGAACUUCUUUGAGAAUCAGAAAUGAACACGGUCUCCAGAAGCAUGCACAAUGUGUAUAUAUUUAUUUGGGUGGGACUGGAAGAAGCUGGUAGCAGAAUUUUGGUCAAGUCUUGACUAUUGCAGGUACUAUAGUAUUUUGUAGGUGAUUGCUUGUCAUCGUGCUGUGGACGACUAGGGAUCAAGGAGACGACGACAAGGAUAUAGUCAUAAAGGAUCGUUAUGUAUUUUCUCC